AGGGUGUCGGGAGCUGCUCCCGGCAAACCUUCUUCUCAGGCUUCUGGAGGGGCCGCGGUUGGAGCCGCUGCGGCUUCUACGAUCUGCGUUCGGGAUAAACGGCCACGGGGCUGCCACUGCGGCUUUCCCUGUGCUUUACCCUGUUUGUAUUCGUUCCCAGGCGGCCCCCGCAAUUCCAGCAGCGGCCGAGGCCGACAUGUUGUGAGGCGGUGGCACGGGUAUCUGAAGGAUGGUUUGGCCGAGGCGGCGGCAACGGCUCCUGGCGGGGGUGGCGGCGGCUCAGGCUCUGUAGAGCCGAGCUCGCUGGGUGUACGUCCGGUGCCUCGGGGAGGCCAGUGCCCCUGGAUUUUGCCUCUGCUCCGGCGUCGUUGGGGUCCGGUUAGGCGACAGCUCCUGCCCCGCUGAGGAGACACGAAGGUGGUUGCCCAGCACCUCAAAUUUCCGGAUCACGCCAAGCUUACCCUUCCUCGGCCCGGCAGUGCUGUCCCCAGAACACUCAGCCCUUCGACUUUCCUACCAGCCUCGCCCUAAAUCUCACACACUCGGGUGUUCCCCGCCUGGCCGAGCCAGCUCCUCCCCCCUUAUUUGCUGCACCCUCUUCUCAGAGCGCCCCUCAGGGUCACUCUCCGAAGGCGGCCUUUUCAGAAAUCUCCGUGGAGUAGUGGACCAGAACUGGGGAGUUUUUAAAAGUCGGGUGCGAGAGAUAGGAAUGUACGAUGGCUUCCUCAUCUGGCAACGAUGAUGAUCUCACUAUACCCAGAGCUGCUAUCAAUAAGAUGAUCAAAGAGACUCUUCCCAAUGUCCGGGUGGCCAACGAUGCCCGGGAGCUGGUGGUGAACUGCUGCACUGAAUUCAUUCACCUUAUAUCUUCUGAAGCCAAUGAGAUUUGCAACAAAUCGGAAAAGAAGACCAUCUCACCAGAGCAUGUCAUACAAGCACUAGAAAGUUUGGGCUUUGGCUCUUAUAUCAGUGAAGUAAAAGAAGUCUUACAAGAAUGCAAGACGGUAGCAUUAAAAAGAAGAAAGGCCAGUUCUCGUUUGGAAAACCUUGGCAUUCCUGAAGAAGAAUUAUUGAGACAGCAACAGGAAUUAUUUGCAAAAGCUAGACAACAACAAGCAGAACUGGCCCAGCAGGAAUGGCUUCAAAUGCAGCAGGCUGCCCAACAAGCCCAGCUUGCUGCUGCCUCGGCCAGUGCAUCCAAUCAAGCAGGAUCUUCUCAGGAUGAAGAAGAAGAUGAUGAUAUCUGAAAUUUGCCAGCUGAGUUUCUAUUUCCUCUAUAAAUGUUUUUCCCCACAAGAAAACAGUGAAAGAAAUGCUUCUCUGUAGUUUUGUAUGCAUCUUGGUGGACUUGCCAUUGGUAUUCUAGGGAUGGCUGCUGUUAAGUUUCAUCUUUUGUGUGCUAUACAUGUAAAAACUGUCUCUUUGAACUAUUGAAAAUUUAAGGUUCAGUAUAAUACCAAUUUUGAAUUUUUAAUGGUGUUUAUGAAAUUUUAGAUAGCAGUGAGUCCUUUAUUUGAUCAAUAAACAGUGUUACAAAAAACUUCAAGUUUGUAAAAAUACAGUAAAAUUUAUACAGAAUCUCUACAUCCACAUUUGCAUUUCCUCUGCCCUUUUAACUAAACUAAAAAUUGGGGAUUUUAAAUUAUUUUGGAGGGGUGUGGUACAGUAGACAUCAGAUCAGUUUGGUGAAAAAAACUGAGUUCAGUUCUGUAGUAUCUGAAUUUUUUGCCUUUUAAAAUGAGUAUAUAUAUAGGCAAUAAAUAUAUAUGCUCAGGUAAAUAUACUUGUUUAAAAAAAUUUCAAAACAAGACAUUAAAAAAGUAGUAAGGAGUAGGUUCAAUAGUAGUUGUAUAAAUUUGGUGGGUUUUGUUUUGACUUUGUUUUUGCUUUGUGUAUUGGUAAAAGGUACAGUUUUAUUAUGGCAUAAUUUAUCUUGAGCUUAUUACAUUUCAAAGAUAGCCCCAUUUUGAGAAUUGUCAUUAUUCUUACAAUUUCACUCCAAUUUAAUAAUUGUUGUUAAUAGUAUUACUUGCUUAGUUCAUCCAUGUUUAUAUUAUUCAAGUAUAUAGAUGGAACUUGUGAAACAGUUGAGUUCCGUUGGUUUAAACUAAAGUUCAUGAAUAUUCAGAUCUUUGCUGGGGGAAAGAAAUGAAAGUUAAUGAGUAUGCUUGCUAUAAAAGAGGGAUUUUUGUUUGUUUAAUUUAACUUGUAGUUAUAGUUUACUUACUGUUUGUUUUUAGCAUUACUUUUACAUUUUCUUGACUAGAUGACCUGAAGAGUCCAAUGCUACCUUUUAAAAUGACACCAAUCUCUUUCAUCAUAAUUGAGUGAUAGCUUAAAAAAAAAAAGAUUGGUUUGGUUUGGUUUAAGAAAGGGUUACAUAACUUACCAGCACUAUAUGAAACACAAAUAGUUCAUUUUAACCUGCUAGUUAAAGGGAAGAAGCUUUAAUUUGGCUUCAGUAAUAAAGUACGGGAGUGAUUGUUGUAGGCAUAUAGCAUGUUGAAGAAAUGGCAUAUUGCUCAUAUUUUGGAAACAGAAAGGAAAAGUCCCUUAUAGUAUGAAGUAAUCUAAAUUCCUGUGUGAAUUGCCAAACCUUUAAAUUUCUAUAUUUACCAAACCCAAAAAUAGAUUGUAGCUGCCAUGAUUCCAAUUUUAAUUGGAAAGCUAAAUAUAAGUGAAGUUUACAAGUAUUAGAUUUCUUAAUGAUCAUAUUUUACAGUUUUAGAAAAAGUGAAAUAUUGUCAUACAUUUAUUAAGUAUAUUUCCCCCAUGCAACAAAAAGGUUAUUUUUGCUGAAUGUUUAAGUUGGCUUUUCUAAUUUGUACUGUAACAUUCUUACACUUUAUUUUAAGUAUAUCUGUUUCUUAAGUAAACAACUUAGAUAUUUUUCCACACCUUUUUUUUUCUGAUGCAGAGUUCAGGUUGAUUAAUAUUUUACUGCAUCUGGUAAUGUAUUAUAUAUUUGAAACCUAGUGUCCUUUCAUUUUGACAUUCUUGUGAUUUCAUAUGCUGUAUUCUUCAAGCAAUAAAAUUCUGAUGUGUUUUAUAAAUUGUUUUUAUAUUUAAUGAGCUGUACGGACUAGUGGGAGGAGAUCUUAUUAAAGUAAAACCUGUAAAAACUAGAACCUGUGUAAGGCAGAAACCUGUCAGAGAAAAAAGACUCAAAUAUUUUCCACUAAAACGAGUGAUAGAAAAGUGGUAAGAUUGCACCGUGUCAAAGGCGGAAAAUUAGUGAGACCUGGAAAAAUAAGGCAGUCCCUUCAAGUUCUAGCUCUAACAGGUUUCACUGUAUUACCAUUUGACUAGGGUAUGGGUAGUUUCAAGAAUCUUAGGCCCAAAAGCCGUCUUGGUCAUUUGGCAUGCAGUGCCCACCUUUCUCACUUGUUUACUAUUAUUUCAGAAAAUGUGUUGUUACUUGUAUUUUGUAAUGUACAGACCUUAGGAUCCAGGAUAACAAAGCUAGUUAAGUACUGGUUUACUUUUAGAUUACUUUCUAGCAUUUUAAGGCACUAUUCUGUCAGAUGUUAAAAUUUUUAGACUCUUUUGGAGCAAGAAACAAAAUCUUUAGGGUUCUUCAAAAGUAAAGUUGCUGUUCAGUUUAUUUAUCUCAUUCCCUUUAAUAUACGUCUGUCUUUUUCAGCAGAUAAUCAGACUGAUAAGGAUUGAAAAGGCACCAAUUUUAAAAACAGCACAUACCAUACAACAGAAAAAUGCACAACUUCAUGAAGGUUUUUGCAAAUCAAACAUGUAUCACCAGCUCUCAGAUCAAGGAACAGCGUUAUGAGUACCCCAGAAGCACCGUUCUUGCCCCUUUCUAAACACUAUCCUUUUCCUCCUUAGAAGUAACUUCCUAACUUUUAAAACCAGGUUAGUUUUACCUGUUUUUUACUUUAUAUAAAAGGAAUCAUAUAUACUUUUUUGCUCAGCAUUAUAUUUUUGAGUAUAUUAGUUUCCUGUUGCCACUGCAACAAAUUACUACAAACUUAGUAAUUGAAAACAAUACAAAUUUAUUCUCUUAGAAUUCUAGAGAUGAGAAGUCCAGAAUGAGUUUCACGGGACCAAAAAGUCAGGGUGUUGGCAGGGUUGGUUUCCUCAGGAGGUUCUAAGGGGGGAAUACAUUUCCUGGCCUUUUUCAGCUUCUAGUGGCUGCCUGUGUUCCAUGGCUUGUGGGCUCCUUCUUCCAUUUUCAAAGUCUGCUUCCAUUAUCUCAUAUCCUCUUACUUAGUCAAAUCUCCCUCUGCCUCUACGUUUAGGGCCCUCCCAGAUAAUCUGGGAUAAUCUCUUCAUCUCAAAAUCCUUAACUUAAUCACAUCUGCAAAGUCUCUUUUGCCGUAUAAGGUAAUACAGGUUUCAGGGACUAGGACCUAGAUAUCUGAAGGCCAUUAUGCAGCCUACCACAGUGAGAUUUAUCUAUAAUGUUGCAUGUAUUUAUACUUUACUCAUUCUCAUUGCUGUGUGGUAUUUAAUUUAUCCAUUUUUAUUAUAUCUAAAAUGUAUUUAUCCAUCUUCUGUUGAGCAUUUGAGGAGUUUUUAGUUGUAGGCUAUUAGGAACAGUGC